UCCCCGUUUGCAUCUAUCGCGCGAGGCGACAAUGGCAAUGAGCGAGGACCUCGGUUUCGCCGAGCUCUGCAGGCUGUGCUCGCUCAAGAGCAGCCACCAGCUGCAAAUAUUCGACAAGGAGAGCGAGCAGCGGCAGCUGCUGUUCAAGUUACAUUCCUGCGUGAACAUCACGAUAGGAAAAGAGGAUGAUCUGCCAAAAAAUAUCUGCCAGAGAUGUAUCUACAAGCUGGACAUGUUCUAUGAGUUUCGUCUCAGCUGCAUAACCACAGAGACAUUGUUGAAGAAUUAUGCUGAAUCUUUGAAGAACAUCGUUGCACUUAACAAUCAGGGUACGAACAAGGACAAGAUGUCGAACAGCGGGCAGCAGCAGCAGCAGCAGCAGCAUGCGAAUUACGCGGAAACGCACACCGCGGCACACGCGGCAUUGCAGCAGCACAUGGCUCAGCAGGCUGCUCAGGCGAGGCUAGCUGGACCUGGACCACACGCGGUUCCGCAGCCAUCGAAUCCCACGUUCACUUUGCCAGACGACGGGCUCGGUUACGACGACGGAGUAAGGGUGCUGCGUUCUAUCGGAACAUGGUCGUCGGAUUAUUCUGCCGCAAUGCGGCCUAGCAUGAUGCCGGCAUUUCCCGGAGCGGACCAACAGUUUGGAAGUAGAGCACCGGUGGUAAAUCAACCAUUACGGACGACGACGGCGAACAGCGUGAGUGUUCGCCCGGGAUCUGUUUCGAAAGCGACCAAUACUGGCGAGCCGACGACGAAGGCGUUUGCUUGUACUGUAUGUGGCAAGGGGCUCGCUCGUAAGGAUAAACUUGUCAUACACAUGCGUAUACAUACCGGGGAGAAGCCAUAUUCCUGUGAGGUGUGCGGCAAGGCGUUUGCACGUCGAGAUAAAUUGGUCAUCCAUAUGAAUAAACUUAGACAUAGACCCGGUGUUUCGCCUUUGUCGGCACCUACUACUCCAAGAACUGAUCAUCAGCAACAGCAGCAGCAGCAACAACAGCAACAAGUGCAACAGCAACAGCCAUCUCGCCAAGACACUAUUCAUAAAUUGAAGGAGGAACCAGUGAGUUGGGCUUGCGAAUUAUGCGGACGAUCACUUGCUACCCGAGAGGAAUGGACGCAACACGCUCGAUCUCAUUUGGACGCAACUGUGCCGCCACAACAUGCCGCUCCAUAUUUUCCAGGAUCUGCUCCACCACCGCAAUCCUAUGCUGCCGAGAGGAAUUUUUGCUUAAUGUGUCGCGCCGACUUCACAGAUAAGGCUGAGUUUAUGUUUCAUAUACGUACGCAUUGCGAGCACGGACAGCCGUCAAGUGGUAAACAAAGCGGUGGGGAUGCCGCGACGGCCGAACUUAUUGCCAGAGGACUCGUCGAUCCUUCUGGAUUAUGCAGCUAGAAUUACUCUUUUCCCUGUCAUUACGUACCGUCGAUUUGUGUCUUACCAUAGUACAAGUUUUCUGCUCCACUUUGAUCAGAAACUUUCGCAUAGAGUGUCAUGCAUAUUGUGAUUGUAAUGAUAUAUAUAUGCCAACUUAUUGAUAAUAGAUACACAGUAGCAUGUUCGUUAUAACUUGCUAUAACUAAUAAGAAAUGGCAAUGUUAGUAUUCAUUCAUGAAUUAAGUUGGUAACUUGGUACAACUGUGAUUAUGUUUUAAUAUAUUUUUAGUAGAACUUUCUGUAUAUGACGUGGGUCAUUUAUGACUGAAAAUACUCUUUCUGAAGGUAAGCGAAUUUUAUGCAUUAAGUUUGAUUAUUUUUUUACACGGUUUAAAAAUUAUUGGAAAGUUUAUUCAAUAUUUUUUAACGAGUUAAUAGAUUAAUUUCAAGACAGAAAAAGACGGUAAAGAACGAUAAAGAAAUGAACCAUUUUACGCACUUUGUACUUUUACGCACUUGUAGCAAAUACAUAUCAGCAGAGUUAUGUCAAGGAAUUAUUUUCAGGAAUACACUACUGUGUGUCUUGACACGAGAUAAGAUCUACGUUAUUGAGAAAAAGAAAUUUUAGAUACUGACACGAUAUUGCGUCAUAGUAAGAACGUACACUAUUGUGUCGGUAUUUGAAAGUUACUACUUAAUAGUAUACGUUCCUACAUAGUUAGCUUGUCGCUAUUUGUAGGUAACUAGUAGACCUAUUCUGUAACUUUUUAAUAUAACAUGUAAGUUCUACUCAUGAUGUAGUUACAGUAAUUUAGUUGUACUUUAUUUCUCUCAAAAUUCAGCAUUAUUUGAAUAUGUAUGUCUUAUUUAUUUAAUGACUGAAUUUUUUAUAUGAGAAAUAUGUAUUUCUUAUAUGUUAUAUUUGAACAUGAUGUAAUAUUUUAUAUAUAUAAUAUAUAUAAAAUAUAUUUAUAUAUAAAAUUUUAUCUAAGUUUUAUUGAAAAGUAUUUCUGAAAAUUUUCUGAAAAAUAGCGAGACUGAAAUGUGUGUAAUUGAAUCGUACUGUCUAUACAAUGUGAAUAAAGUCUAAAAAAGUAAAAAGCAUACACAUACAAAGAUCAAUUAUUGCUAUACAUAUUAUUGCAUCAUUUUUAAAUCAGUUAGAUUUAAAUAGUUAGACUUGAAAAGUUACAAAAUAGGCCUGUAAUAGUAUGUAAUUUCUGAUGUACAGGUUUGUUCUCAAUGCUAUUAUAUUUUUUAUAUGUAUAUGUAUGUUUUAAACUGCAACGUUAUAAUUUAGAGGAUUUAUUAUUUUGAUAGCAUAUCGUUUUUCUCGAUCUAGAUUUUAACCUCAAAGAGAAAAUAAAUUGUACCGUCAUUUAAAAAUCUGUCUGAUAGGGAUAAUUAAUUAUGUAAAAUUAUUAAAUUUUUGCACAGGAUGAUUCAUUUCAUUUACAUAUUAUUUUUUAACCACAUUUGUUAUAUGAAAAAUCUGAAAUUGUGUUUAAAGGAAAUAUCUUAUAAUUAGUUUUAUAUUUUAUAUCAGAAUAAACUUUAUAAAAAUCAAAUUAUAAAGAAAAAGUGUAAUAAUGAUAAAUAUAUUUCAUUUUAAAAAUAUAAAAUUUUUUUACCGAUAUUGAAAUGAUCAAACUUAAUGAAUCAUCUUCUGCAAUCGUAUAUUUGUCAAUCACUCGUUGACUGUUCUUUUAUUACGAUGAUUUAACACUUUGACAUGUAAUAUUUAGGCAUGUUAAAUCGUUAUUUAAUGAUUUGUACUUUUUUACGGAAUUUUUUGAAUUUCCAAAGACAGUAGGACGAAUGUUAACUUGUGUACUAAACAUGGGGAUUGCUGCUGCACAUAAACAUCAGAGAUAGGUCGUGUAUCUAAAAGCAAAACUUUCGUUAAAAACGAGCUUGAAAUGAACUUUAAUUUGAAAGUGUUCUAAAUUUUAUCAAUUUCUAUUCACAUUUUUGAAAAAAUUUUUGUAAUAAGUAUAAAUGGUUUUUACACAUUAUAUUUGACACGAAUUCGAAAUGUUCAAACAUUCAAAAUUCUAAAUUUAUUAAUUGGUUUUUAGCGCAAGUAGAAUUCUUUUCAUCGAUGUUUUUUUACUGCAAUGAUUAUUUCUUCUUCUUAUUAUUUUCUUUGGAAUCUCAAGUAUCAGCAUGUACUUAAUCAAGGACGCGCGAGAUUUAUUUUUAGUUAUUAUGGCUAUGGAGAAUGCAAAAGUUUCUUAUACGAUUAAUCAUGAAUCAUUUAUGAUAUACGUUUUCCAUUAUGCGAAAAAAAUGUAAGGAAAGUUUUUAUUUUUUAAUUUUUAUUUUAUAUCUAGAUUUCGGAUAAUGAUUAUGUAGAUUGGUAAAUAAUUUCGUUGUUUUAUCAGGAAGGAAAAACAUGUACACGAAUGCAUUUGUUAUUCGCAAUGGAAAAUUAGGGACAAUAAUAGAGUUCCAGUUUUCGCUGGAAGUCGAGGACGCGCGUCAGUAGAGACUCUCAGGCGUGUUAAUUGUGAAUUUGCAUUGUGAACAAACUAUAUCUUCCAGAAGAAGCCGAUAGAAUUCGCUUAUUACAGCGCUUAAAGCUUCCUCUCUUGUCUCCUUAGAAUAGUUCUUUAAGAUAAGCCAGUAAAAUGCGGUAAGAACGCGAGAUUGCCGUGCCUCCUGCCCCACGUACAAAUCCGCUUCCGGAUUGUUUUCCAUUUCGACAGUUCAUGAGACGACCGUGUCUCUGCGAUGAUAUAAAAAUCAAAAAGAGUCGGAGCCUAACGCUGAGCGUAUAUUUUGUGUAACGUAACAUUUACAACUACGUCACUAGAGAUAUAAAUUACCGCGACAAUAGCGACUGUUUUUAGACUAUCGCAUGCUUGACAAGUAAAGCGGGAACGUCCCGUUCUUCACCCAACUUGUAUUUUUUUUAGCGUAGUGAGAUUAGUAAAUAGUUCUGCCCGCCAUGAGGCCAGUUUUUUUUUUUUUCAACGCUCGUUUGCAUCACGUGCGCCGUACUGUUUUUUCGCGCGCAUGUUAAGACGCAGAAAGUGUAAGAAAGUGCAAUCAAAUAUGAAACAAGGUUGCCUUUGGGUUCAACCACUUUGUGUGUGUUUGCAGUUUAGGAGAUAAAUAAUUGAUAAUACUCGCCUAUACAAAUCGGUUAUGAUCACGACUAACGUUAGUAUUUAGCGUACGAUAGAGAAAUUAGAAAUUACUCGGGCCAGCAUGCGGGAAUAAAAAGGAAAACGCCGCCGAUGUUACACGCUUCAAUGUAUCGUUCAAUGUACGUAAGCGUGAGAGUGUACGCAGGCAUUUGUAGCUUGGAUUUCUUUACGAAAAUUUCCUAUACAAGCGAAAGAAAGGGAAAAGCUACGCGUUUCAAGUUGAACGCUAUACAUAGCAUUCCCGCGCGUUGAGAGAUUUGGAGGAACCAGACGCAAGAAUAGUGCCUUUCCUCUGGGACUUAUUCACGUCAUCAUUUUUUGAAAUUCACGUGUUGGGGAGGUACAUCGGCAUAGAUAAAACAUUGACAUAAGUUAGUUACUUGUAGGUAAGACGGCGUUUAUUUUCAUUUUCGUCCUUGUAUUAUUGAGGAGAGCGAAUACAGUUCGAUGCCACACUGCCUCUACAGCAGCUGUUUUUUUUAGACUACUUUUAUACUGUUGAUGUCACGCGCAGCUAAUCAGAGUCUGUAUAUUACUACCAUAAUUAUAUACGAAACGAAAUGUAUACUCAAUAAUAUACCUUUAUAAAUAAAACACGACCGAAAGGAA